UUCUUUCCCUCUUGUCAUAGCUUCCUACCAAACAGUAGCUAGCUUUCCAUUCAGGAAGAAACGGGUCCGAUUAGCCUAGCUAGCUUGUGGUUGCAGGAUAUCUUAAUAGUGCAAAAAUGGCGUCGGUGAACCCGUUUAAUCUCAGCGAUUCAGAAGAAGAAGCUGAACGGCGCCCGAAUGAAACCGUUGACACAGAGAGGAGCCCGAGUGACGGGGCGCCAGGGCCGCCGCUUGGUAAUCCGUUCUCCCCGCCUGCGGACGCCGAGCCUCCGACGCUCCUGCUGUCAAGCAACCGGACCAGCCCCAGCGGUGAGGGCAUCGCGGUCUCGGUCGCAGCCAGCUCCGCUAUGGCAGGCGGCGCUGAUACACGGGUGUCAGUAGAUGUCAUAGCCGCUCAGUUGUUACGGGACCAGUACAUCCUCACGGCCCUGGAGUUUCACACUGAACUACUGGAAGCUGGCAGGGAGCUUCCAAGACUGAGGGACUAUUUCUCCAACCCGGGCAACUUCGAGCGACAGAGCGGCACCCCGCCUGCCAAAGACCAGGUGCUCGGACCUGGUGGACCACUGAGUAAGUAGCGUUAUUGUUGUUGGCAGUCACGUAGCUAUCUAUCAGCUGCAUUAGCUCUAAAGAGACACCGCAUCACACGGGUUUAGCUCGCUAGCUCUUGUUAGCUUGAAGCCCAGGGUUUGAAAGCCGAUCGAUCAGGAGAUAUCCGCUCACUGCACCUGCUCUCUGUGUCAAAGGCCCGUGGCCAAGAGGCUGGUUUUGUGGGUCAGCUGUGUGUGUUUUCUAACCUACUGGAGCAUCACUGAAUCAGAUUAAUGUGAUCAUUUAGGGGUGGAAGGGUUGUCUGGGCUAUUGCACAUGAUCUGAUUGAAUGUGAUCAAUUCGUGGUAUUGUGACAGACCUGUGUAAUUGAAUUAGAAUCAAUGUAAUUGAAAUGGAAAAACAACAAGUUGCCCUUUCGUCUGGCUACGAAGUCAGAGUUCAGGCGUGUCAACAAGAGAAGACUAUGUGGGUAAAUGGGUAUUUGCUGAGUUUGGAUACAAUGAGGCAAGGCAAGGCCAGAGAUAAAAUAGGGGAGAGUGGGGUAAGUCGAGCCACCCCCUGUUGCUUGGAAAUGGUCAAAGAAAUUGAUCAUGCGACCAAAUAUUUAGGAGCUGGGCAUCAAUUCAUGCAGUUUGUCAGCUUAGAAGCACAUGGAUGAAGAGGUUAGAUAUUUAUUUACAAAAAAAAAAAAUCACUCUUGAAAUUGAAUUUAGUCUGCCAUAAGUUUUAUUAGAAUUGUGUUCAGACCAACAAAGAUCAUUUUAAUUUUGUUUUGUACAUCAAUUGUGGUAUCUAUGAGCUACAACAUGAGGUCAAAAACUUAGCAUAAUAGUCCAUUAUUUUAGCUUAGAGGACUUAUAAAGUCAUAAUAGCAGUUUUGGGGUAAGUUGAGCCAGUAGCUUAACUGAGAAAGUAAAGGAGUCUGAUGAGAGGAUCAGAGUUUCAGUUCAGAUUGUUGAAAUGAGUAACAAUAAAAAUAAUUAUUGUACCAGUUGAAUGGUGUAUAAUAGAUAAAAAUACACAUGAAUUUGAAUAAGUGACUGUUAUUUAGGGAGAGAGAAGGUGAGGGAGGGCUGGGGUGGAGAGUGGGGGGUAGUAGGGAUACAGCUCAACUUACCCCACUCCUGGUCAACUUACCCCGUACACAGGGUAAGUUCAGCAUAGGAGACGACUCUUUUUGGCAUGCUAUAUUAUCAAGACAGUUAUGUGUACACUCAUUCUGUUGGUUUACAGGGAUGCACAACAUCUUGAAAUAUAUGCAGAUACACUAGUUAGAGACAAAACUUUGAUUGCCUUGAUGUAGUGAUCCAAAAUGUGAAAAAUGGCUCAUCCUACCCCACUCUCCCCUAAUUACUGAGUAUGGACACAUUGAGGUGAGGCAAGGCCAGGGAGGAGAUAAAACACUAGUGUGUUACCACAUAGUUUUUUUUCCCGAGUAAUCCCUCCACACCUCAUCUGGAACAACACCAACAGUAUACUGUGGUGGAAAAGUCUCUAAACAUGCCAUGCAAAUGGUGACCAUGGUGACAGCCCAAGCCACAAAUCAAUAAAGCAUGCUACUGAGCAGCAGGGGUGAUAUUACUUUGACUUGGCUGUGUGUACCAAAGGGGACUAAGCAAUGAAGAAAAUGGCUAGACCUUUUCCCAUGGCCCAGUUUCAUUCUAGGUGACUGGAACAAACCUAUUCUGUCCUGACACAGACUUAUAAAGCACUGUUAAGCCCCUGUUAGUCUAAAAGCAGUAAAUUGCUGACAUUCAAGGGGGGCUCUAAAGAAAACUGUAUUGGCAUUAUGAAAAGUCCAGGUCUGCACUUUUCCUUUUAAUUGGUUACACUAAGGUUUUAAUGGGAGAGCCUCAGCUUUGAAUCCGCCAAGCAGGGACAGGAUCGGUCUUAUCUAUCGGCUGUAUAUUUAUCUUAGAUCAAGAAAGGGAAAGAUAAGAACCAUGUCAGUGACCCAGAUGAAUAGUCACACACCCAACUUAUCUUUCAAAGUGAUCGGGGACAGGUUGACAGGCAGAACUAUUGAACUGAUGUCAGAUUACCCUACACCUCCUCUUUUUUUAGGAUCCUGUUUCAGAGCAAAUGAAUAGAGCCUUCCUUUCUUUAUAAAACGUUGAAAAAACAGGUGUUGUUUUUUUUUUUUCCAAGGUAGAUAUGGAAACAUAAUUAGUCUUGUGCAGUGUAAUUGUGUUCAUUAAUUUUGAGGCUAGCUCCUCAUCAGUUCAGGAUUCAGGUAGGUGUUUUAGUCUAUCAUGACAGCUGCAGUUGAAUUCUCUCUCUCUCCUUCUUCCUGGUGCAGACUGAGCACCAAGGCCAGAUGAUGAAUUUUCAUUUUAUAAACAGUUGGUAGUUUUCCAGCUCAGGGAUUCGUUGAAUAUAGAUGCAUGCAGGACAAAAAGUGGGCUUUUUUUUUUAAACAGAAGGUACAUUUUUCACUCAUUGAGAUGCAGCAGCAUGCACAAUAACCUGAUGUUUCAGGAGGUUGUUGUGUAGUUUUGAGUGUGGGUCCAGGUAAGUAGCAGGAGACGGUUUAACCUAUUGCAUCCAGUCAGAUUCAGUUUCUAUCAGUAACAAACAAACCCUUUAAGUAUGACAGGAAUCAGCAACCCCCUUGUUGUGAAACUGAAAUAAAGAAGUAUCCAAGUCUUGGCUUUUGGGGAGAGUCAAGUUGAUUAUGAAGGUAAAAUACAGGCUGUCUUAUGCGUCUGAUCUGUCGUCUGCAGAGAGGAAAGAUGAUGAGGGCUGAUGGGAGAGAGAGGGAAGGACUCAGACUGAGACAAUGCAACUUUUCUUAGCAUAUCAUGUGAUGACUGAAUUGAUCUUUUCCCUCUUGUUUGAAGAACAGAGGGUAGAGUUGACUUGUUGUGGAGCAGGCUGGGAUACUGAUCAGAAACCCUGCUGCUGCUUAAAGACUUGAAUUUCUAAUUUCUCAAACAGCCGUUACGGACUCAUUACACUGCCUUUGACUUAAUCCCUCAAAGACUGUUCAAUAUCAAGGCGGCGCAAAGUAAACAUCUAAGAUAUACUUCUGUCUAAGUGGUGUAAGCUUAACAUGCACUGUAUCGUUUCUGUGUGCCAAAGGAAGUUUAAAGGGUGCACCGUGUUGACAUAAUUGACCAGAUGGUGUUACAUAUGGUGACAUUACAGAACAGGUCCACCUGGUUAAAAAUCCUGACAUAAGUAGUGAUGCAUUAUUAGCUCAGUGUGAUGAUUAUUUGCAUAGUCUCUUGAUCUCAUUAUGCUUUAAAUGCAGAUAGGUGGUCAGGGAUUCAGAACUUAAUUUUAAAGCACACAGCUGGUUAGUCAUAAAAAUAAUACAGUGAUCAUCCAACACACAACCAAUGAGUGCAGUUGAUUGCAUUUGAGUGUGUGUAUGGAGUUUAUUGUUCCUUCGGACCACACAGCAUGGCAUCUGUCACCACCUUGCUAAUUUGCGGUGAGGAAGUAUGAGUGCCUCUCCACAUCUCAUGGCCAGGUCCCUUCGCCCAUAAUGUGAGGGGGUUUUAAGGUAGAGUGCAAGUCACUUUUGUUGGUGUGUUCAAGGUUGACAGUGAGCUGCUACAUGCAAGAAGUUUGUGUUAUUUUACUCGAUGCACAUUCUUGUAAAGAGAGGGGUGACAGGAAAGUAGAAGAAGAAGAAGAACACUCAGACACUACUUUGAGGUGUAGAUCACAAAGACGGACAGAAAAGCAGUAGUAAGUCUGCACACUGACUGUCCUUCAACUUGAAUCUCUGCACAAUCUGGGCACAAUAGGAAACACAUCUGUUGUUCGUUUAUUUUCACCACAUUAUUUACCGUGUAUUUUUUAUUUUCUAAUAACACCAGAUGGCUGGAUAAAAAUAUUCAGAACAAGUGCAUAAACAUUUCAAACCUGCUUUUUUCCCCAUAGAAACUUGUUUAGAGUUGAAUCAGAGUGUUGUACUCUCGGUUCAAACAAAGGCUUAAUUCGUCAUAAAAUCUCUUAAAUGUAAUUUGACAUAUUUGAUGAUGUGAGGCGAAUGUUUUUCAUCUUGCCUGUGCCACCUCUGUAAUUUUUACCACAUUGUCUCAUCCAGUUUGUGUUUUCUAAAGAGCUGACAGUCUCGCCAAAACAUCCCUCCCGCUUUUAUAAAGAGCUUGUUGGCUACCUCUGGAGCAUCCAUCUUCUUUUGUCUCCCAUUUGGAUCGGCUUUUUCAAUAUCGAUCUCUUUGUUUUUGGAUUAAAACUGUUUCCCUCCUCCUCUUCAGCUUACCUUGUUUACUUUUUUUUACUACUUUUUAUUUACACUUCAUCUUAUUUAUCUUUCCCUCUCCGUUUCCCUUAAAAGCCCCGACUGGCAUCCCCAUUGUUUCUGCAGGGUUAUUAUUUUCAGCUCACACCAGCAGGGAGACAAAGAGGCAUCCUGCUUUGGCACACAAAUAGAGGCUCAUUUGUAGCGUUUGAUUGGACGUGAAGGGGAGACACUCAUGUAGGAGAGAACAUAGCAGAGAGGCUGAGCAUGGAUUUGUGUCUGUGUCUAUGUCUGUGUGUGUAGCUGCACCUGCCCCAGCAGGAGUGCAGUGACGUGGUGACAGUAUUAAGUGUCAGCUCCAUCACAGCCCAGACUACACUCGCCUCAGGCUCCCAACUGAAAGGUCAGCCAAGAAGAACUGCUGCUUUUUUUACAAAUCAGGCAGACACACAAAAGACAUCUGUUCAUUGCUCCCACACUGUGGAAUUACAGGUUAUUUUUUAAUUGUUGCACACACACAUGAACACAAACACCCUCUAAUCUGCUGAUUCACAGAAAAAAGAGCGCAGCCUCUUAACGGAAGUACGGUCACACAUAGUGAGGAAGUGAGGAUGGCUGGAAAAAUUCUCCACGGGGGAAAGGGGGUUAACUUGGCACCGGCAUGACAGAAUGAGAACAAAGACACACACAUACGCAAAUGCAGCCAAAAUCAACUCCACUGUACAGCCGCAGCACUGAGAGUGUGUGAAAGCUUUAUGGUUACAUCUUUAACAUACAGCGCUUAUAUACAAAGCAUCUAAACAAAUAACUCAGAGCAAACAUCAAAAGCGUGGUUGGUUUAACAUUUGCACGGUGCGUCGUAGAAGCGCUGCUGGCUCUUCUCUUUGUUCACAUAUUGGGUUUUUGGUGCUUCAGGAUUGCUGUGAUUUUUCCUCUAAGACAAGUGUAGAGCCAAAGGAAAAGGACAUACUUUUAUUUCACAUGACAAAAAUCUCUGAAAAGUAGCCUACUCAGGUCCUCGUUAGGGUCACUUUCAGCAGAGUAGCUUUUUUUGCAGGACUGCUGUAGGGCUGGGACGAUAAGCUUUUCUCCCGAUUCGAUUCUUCUACAAUUUUUUGGAUGCUGAUUCGAUUUAAAUUGGGAUUCCACAAUAUUGUCGGUUUUCUCGAUCUUUGUUGUUACCUUACGUUUAUGGAUUAUAGUUUAAUGUGCUUAUCUGGUACUGGCCCUGACUCAGUACAUGCUAUCAUGACAGACAGCCAUCUCAACACUCGUGUAUAUUUAGAACUAAAAAACAGUCAAGUGUGCUGUUGAGUCAGUCUUCUCACUUCCACCUGGGAUGCAUCUUUAUUCCCCACGGAAAGUCGCAAAAUCGCAACGGGCUUGAAGUGUAAAAUCAGGCGCGUCAAAAUUCGCCUCUGAAUAAAUCGUAUAUUCGUGUUGUAUAUUUGCGUCAGUCCAGGUGUGUAAGGACCUUUAGUCUGCCUUUUUAACUCCAGUGAAACAGUUGAAUGAUUAGUAUUGUCCACUGACUAUUCCAAGAACUGUGUUCCCCCCCCAAAAAAAACAUGUCACAUCUAAGGCAGUUUAUAAGAUUCAUUAGAAGAAAAAAAAAGAUUUUCUAACAUAAAAAUCGAUUUAAAAAUUGUAAAACAAAAAAUUGCAGUACUUGGGUGAAUCAAUUUUUUUCUCCCACCCCUACUUUAACAGCAAUAAAGGUAUGCUGUCUCAAAAAUCCCAUAUCUGUGAAGCUCUUCUACGCUCUACAUUUAGCUUAGUCCUUCUCUGGUUUGCAGAGAACAAAUGGGCUGAUCUGUCACUUACACUGCAGUUAAGGAAAGCCAACACCUGGCUAAACCUGCUGCCUCACCGGUCUACCUCAGUGAAAUAGGAGCACAAGUAUUCAUAUGCAUCAGCUCAAUCUGUGUGUGUGUGAUUAAGUUAACAAUACCACUAACUCAGACAUAAGGGUGCUCUGUCAGAUCCGGUUUCAUGAAUUGACCUUUCCGUUGAGUUAUGGUUUUAGGAAAGUUAAAGUUUCGUGAUUGAUUUGAUUCCCCCAUCUGCGCUGACUCAUGGGUUUCUUGGCGAAAGUUUAGCCCUCCCACAUAGUUUAUAGAGUUUGAGUUUGAUAGACUUUCCAUCUGUUUUAGUCACCAUUAACUGGAACCCAGUUUUUUAAACACACACCCUGCCUGGUUAAGUUAUUUCAAUCCAUUAGUCAUUUCACAUAUUUUCUCUCACGACUGUAUGGUUUUAUAGUUGUCUCACUAGUGUGUCUGUCCUUUGUCUCCGUUCAGAUCGAGCGGGCAGCAUCAGCACCUUGGACUCUCUCGACUUUGCCCGAUACUCAGAUGACGGCAACAGAGAAACGGACGAGCGGGUGGCAGGUAAGAUGAGCCGCACUGUAAGGGCUGAGACCUGGCGUAGCUCAAGGGAAGGGAAAAACAUGAGUAUAACACCUGACUGUGAAAUCACUGUAAUCCCUGUAAGUCAAGAUAUAUAUAUGUCCUCUCAUGUUAACACAAAAGCUUAGCUACUUAAGCAGUGAUGAUGAAAUAAUCUGUAGAUUUAACACAUUUGAUGUUGAGUUUAGUUGACAGUGUUGUCAGCAUAUUUCAAACGUCACUGUCUUUACCUUCAGUCGAGGUGUUCCUGCCGCCUCGCGUUGACUACUGCGUUAUUUUUGGUACAGAGCCUGUCUCAGCAUUGUUUGAAAUAACACCCUCCUCCCCCCCGUGGCUCUGUCGUGACACACCAUUAAGUAGUUUUCUCCAGAUGAAUUAACAGCGUGAGUGUGAAAGCGAGCCCUGGUUUUAAGAGCAGCUGCUGUGACAGUUUGAAGAAGUUUGUUUAUUAUCACAAUUUUCUCACACUUUGAACCAAAAUAAAGCAAACAAGCCGGUCACUUGAGGCAAUGAGGGGUUGCCUCAUCAUUCAGGCCAUUGGUGGACAGAGGAAGAUUCUACCUUCCCCAGAGGGACCUCAUGAUCCUCAUUUAAACAUAAACUGUGUAUUAGGGGUGUCCCGAUAUAACUUUUUUACCUCCGAUAUGAUACCGAUAUUGUAACCUUCAAUAUUGGCCAAUACUGGUAUUGAUCCGAUAAUAGCAUAAACUUGUGCGUGAUAAGUUUCGCACUCAGCUGCAACGUCUUUUUCGGACUUACCGUAUUUUUCGGACAAUAAUGUGCACCAGAUUAUACAGCAGACUGUGAAUUAAUGUGUCUAUGUUCACACAUGAGACGCACCGCAUUGUAAGGCACAUUAAGCAUUGAUUGGUUUAUUGUUGCUAGCACAUACUGCGGGCCCAGGCUUCCUUACAUGAAUGCACUUCUAGUUUAGACGUUACAGUCAGGCAGUCUUGUAGACUACUUAGGGGUCCUGUUACUCGGUUGAUCAGGUAGUGACACAACGUACCAUAGUGCUUCGAAUAUCCAUUGAGUGGAGCGGUUUCGUUGCUUACCAAAGUCGUACUUACACAUUUUAGGCGCAUUGUACCACAUAAAAUCGGUCAUUAAGCACAACAAGUUAUCAUACAUAAGGUGCGCUGGAUUAUAAAGUGCAUUAUCAAUUUUUGACAAAAUCCAAGGAUUUUAAGUGUGCCUUAUAAUCUGAGAAAUACGGUAAAUGAAAAAUACUGCCACAGGGCAAAAAGCAUUCCUAUUCCUAGGUACUUUGUUAGUACCUUAGUACACACUGUUGUUGUGAUUACGUUGGCUAUAAAUGUUGGAUCCAGGCGCUGCUAGAUAGAGGUGCUGGAACGGAGUCUGGAAUCGACUGCUUAUAUUGGACUGUUGAUAUCGGAUAUUUUAGAUGCAGGCCUUUAUAAUCGGUUGAUAUGGGAUAUCCAAUAUCAAUACCGUAUCGAGACACCCCUACUGUGCAUAAUACAAAAAUAAUAAAGAGUUAAAACAAACAAACUCAGACUGUUUAUACAACGAUUGAGUAAUCCUCAUCACUUAUGAGUGUUUGUCUAAAAGUAACAAGAGGACCUGCAGACGUAGGAAACAGCAUGUAGGUUGUUCUUCACGCUGCCAGGAGGAUAUGGUUUUGUUGGAUUGAUGUAAAAUGUGCUACAUGCAAAAGAAAUCUUUGAAGCAUUACAGCCUGAAUUCUAAUUGUUUCAUAAAGAUGACCAUAAAAUCAAGUAUUUUUAACUCUAAGAAUCCUCAUGAAGCCUGGAGGGACCGUCAUAUUUAAAAACAGGUCAUAGUGAGUAGGUAGAUACUUGAGAAGAAGUUUGCUGAAGAAUCAGGCAGAGUUUAAACCAUGCAGCAGAGACGAUGGAUCCAAAUAUAAAGUCUGUAUAUAUAUUUUUAAAUGACUCUCAUUUACACACUGCCCACUCUACCAAAUUGGCACCUUUCCCCUCCCUGAUCCCCCUCCCAUCUUCACCCACCUCCCCACUUUCACCCCCCACCCCCACCCCACCUGUUCCUUACUGCUAAAUUGCCUGCCCCCAGCUGUCUGACUCUGGGUUUUCUGGCUUUCUCCUGACGUUGAUCAAACCCCAGUGAACGAUACUGGACAAGUCACUCCAUCCAGACUAGCUUUGUUUUGAUUUUAUUUGUUCAAUCUCCUCCCAGUUAUUCAGUUCUUGGUUUCCCAUUUUGUUGCGCUUGCAUCCUGUGCACUCUCGAUCUGCUGGAAAGUUGAGGGGCAUGUCGGAAUCCAAGUGGGCGGAUUUGGCUGGGAGAGCUCGGCUAAUUUUAUUGAUGACAUUUUUGGAGAAAUUUAAUAUUCCGCAGCUCUGGAAAUGGACAUUUUCCAACAAGCACAGGAAAUUUGUGGGAUGUAGGCUGACAUUAUGAUUGAAACUGAGAUUUUGACCUCAGACUUCUCAUGAUGUUAGGUUAAAGCCUUACAGUAGAAGUGAGAAAACCUUCCACAAUACCAGUUGAGCAACAAUCUUAACUAUUAUCAAACAUCUGCGGGGGUUAGAUUAGACGGCAGAUUCUCAGUGCACAGCCAUGCAACAUAGUUCUCCUGCUCCAUCGCUUCUUACUUUUUGCGUGUGUUUUAUAUCUAACGUGUUUAAGACUCUUGUGUGUUCUUUUCUUUAUUCAGUGUUAGUGAAGCCCUUAAAUUUGAACCCACAAACCAGCUAUUUUAAGCAAGUAUCUGUUUUACUCUAGUCCUGUUUUAUUAACUAAAAAAGAGGAAAAAAUCUGAAACAUCAAUAUGUUCGGAUUGACAUUUUAAUCCUCAGUUACGUAGCUUAGAUUGUAUCCGCAAAAGUAUGAGUGUAGAGAUGUCAGAGUAGAUCAGCAGCUUUCAUCUGAGUGGCUUGAAACCAGAUCUUUAACUACCUGUUAGUGAGGUAUUUGCCUUAAAAAUCCUUUGUCAGACAGCUCCUAGAUUAAGCUAUGUUUCAGUAGCUUCAGAGACUUUCUCUCCUGAGCUACUGUUUAAGUAACCUUGGACUCCCUGUUUAACUGGAGUCACGUCAGUGCUCCUAAACAGAGGCAAACACUGUCAGACCUCCACACAGCCGGCUUUACCAUGAUCCUCUGCUGCAUGCGUUCCUUAGAUCCAUGAUUUGCAUGAUUCCUUUUCGUUGUUUUGUUUUUUACUCUUACGAUCUUUCGUGUGACUUUUUUUUGUUUUGUUUUGUUUUCACGCCCAUCUUUGUUUUGUUUGUUCCCCUGUCUUUGGUUGGAUGCCCUUCCUGUGUGUGCGUGUGUGUGAUGUCAUUUCCUGUCCAGUGCUGGAGUUUGAGCUACGGAAAGCAAAGGAGACCAUUCAGGCUCUGCGCGCCAACUUGACUCAGGCAGCAGGUGUGGCGUACUUUUUGACUUUCUUCUCCACCUGAACCCUCUUUUGUUACAGCUGUCUUGUUUCUCUGUUUGCUCAGAGAGAAUAUUCUCUCGGUUGAGUAACGCUCGGCUCAUCUGAUUCAAACUUAUCUGAUGUCUUCUCAUAUUCUCAGAGAGCGAAGUGCCCUCUCAGGAGAGAAAAAACUUCAAGUCGAGCCCUGAAAUUCAGGUGGGAAUCUUUAAGUGUUAAAACCGAAAAGGGAUUUUUUUCCCCCUCAUUUUCAAAUGAAUUGCAGGAUCAAAUGUGCUCCUUUAAGCCCCUGUGAUGGUAUAAUGGCUCAGCCUUAAAUGAAUCAUCUCACAGCCUCUUUUUUUCCCUCUCUGCCUCAGGAGCCUAUACGCCCACUGGAGAAAAGAGCCUUAAACUUCUUAGUGAAUGAAUAUUUAUUAAAGAAUGAGUACAAACUCUCAUCCAUCACUUUCUCGGAUGAAAAUGAUGAUCAGGUAAAAACUUCUUCCAGCUGUGUUUCUCUUAGAGAAAGUGUGACACAUGUUUUGCUGCAUGUCUUGAGUACUUCUUGCUUCUCAAUGUGAAGUCUCACUUUGAGGUAUCCGACUUGUAUGCAUGAGCACGCUGCUCCAGUCGUGGGGUCAUGUGACCAUAAAUAAAUUUAACAGCGUGGAUCAUCUAUCCUAUCUGUGCAGCAUCCUGCUUUCUCUGUGUAGACUAAAAACCUUCCUUAUUUUUAAAAUCAGAGCAAGUUGAUCUGCUUUUCUUCGUUUCCAGGACUUUGAAUUAUGGGAUGAUGUCGGCCUCAACAUCCCGAAACCUCCUGACCUGCUACAGCUCUACAGAAACUGUGGUACCCCCCUCCCUUCUCCUCGGGACACAGUUGAUGUGUCAGUAGGAGUGGAUUUUGGGGAUCUCCCAGGAAACUGCAUCCCCCAGGAUCCCCCAAAGAAGCCUGACCUAUCUCAACAGGUUUUUAUAUUGAUGUUAUUGUACAUGGAUGCAACACAGUGACACACCUUUUUAUGAGCAUAUAUUGUUUCUAAUUUCAACAUUUAAUAUGCUGUCUUUACACUAGUUUUAUUUAACUAGAGUGUAUACCUGAUGGUUUAAGUUCUCUUUUUAUCAACACAAAACCUCUUUGCAAUUAGAGUUGUACUUAGUUGUUAAAAUGAAACUACCUCUGUAAUCGUUGUGUCUCUCUGUAGCAGCAGACAGAAGUCGUGGAAGAGUUGGAGUAUCAGAUCAGCCUCCUCAACAAUGAGAAGCAGAGCCUCGCUGAGCAAAUAAAGAAACUGCAGAGGUAUGUGCCUGAGAGCAUAACAGAGCCAUUAUGCAAGUGAAUCAGUCAGGAAGACUGACUGAGACACGGCUCGGCUUAUAGUAGCAUAUUGUAUCCUGUAAAUCAUAUGACUGCUGUAAGUAUGCUGUGAUGAUUGCAAGGUUUCUCGUUUGUUGCAGUUAUCUAAGAUUACAACAAGAAUAUUACUGGGAAAAAUGAGGAUCAUCCCUUAAAUAGUAAAAUGUUUUCUGCACUUAAGCUCAGAUUUUACUUCAAGUUUGUCCAGUAAGAUGGUUUCCUAGUGCACGAAAUUACUUCUCUGCUCUGGUAUGAUUGUGCAACCAUCAAGAAAAUAAAAAGAAAUGAGCUUUUCCACUGAGCCAUUUUAUUGAACUGUCUCACUUCCAAUUAAACACUUUGUUUUUAUUGAAUCACUUAAUAAAGACUAUUCUGAGAGCGUCUUUUCCUGUCUGCUUUCUUCUGACUCACAGUGAGAUACAGACACUGAAGAGGACUGUCUCGUCCCCUCCGUCCACUCUGGACCUGGGUUCCCAGAAUACCUUAAACGCCACCUCUUCCUCCUCGACAUCAGCUCCCUGCGCUGACCAUCACUCAGUGGUAUGUUGUCAUUGUGAACACUGUGUUUUUAAAGCUGCAAAAAUGUUACAUGUUGAGCACUGCAAAAUUCUUGGUGUAUCUUAUAUUUGACCAUCUUAACAUAAUCUGUUGUUACCCUCAGCCUCCUACAGAUAACGGCCAGUAUCUGGACAUCCGAGGGGUUUCAGAAGCUGACGCUGCCCCAACCCCCACCUCAAAUCAGAACGCGUCACAACCCCACCCACAGUCCCACAACAAGCUAAGAAGUCGACCUCCUGUGCAGUUUGAUAAACCCAACAGGUGAGCUGAACUUGUUAUAUUUAGAUGGGUCAAGAUUAAACUUACCCAUGAUGCAUUGCAUGGUUUAUUUUCUGGGUUAUGAGUUUUCUUUUGUGAUUAAAUUGGAUCAAAAAUCCCCUUACCAUUUGUUACAGCACCAAAGCCCAUUUCUGUGUUAUUAAUAGAUGUGACCACUAGAUGGCGGUAGAAUACCUUGGCAAUAGACAAGCAGUCUCGACAAUUGGCUGGCCUGUUGUGUAGUUACUGUCCUUAAAGCACAUAACAGUCAUGUGGUAAUAAAUCAUUUUACUUUCUGUCAUAUAUAUAAAAAUAAUUCCCUCUGUCCCUGUAAUAAAAUGUUACGGGUAGUAAUAACCAACGAACCCAGUCAAUGGGACUCUGUGUCUCCUAUAUAUACAUAUAUAGUUCCCUUUAGUUCAUUCCACCACAACACCCAGGGGUGACAUGGGAAAGAAGCAGCUUAAAACUGUCUGACAUGGUGGCCCAGUCCAAUCCUCAGUCAUCCAGUGGUCAGGCCAAUCUGGUCUUCUUGUGGAUACAGAUUUAGUGAUACAGACGACAGUGACUGCCUUUGGUUUCUGGUUGUUUGUGGUGUCUCAGGAAGCUAUCCCCGGCCUUCCAGCAAGCCUUGCUGUCCUUCUGCAGAAUGUGCUCCGACAGCCGCCUGGGAGCUGAGGUCAGCGCUCCCUUUCUUUGUCACAUGAAGUUACAAUCGCCUAAUUUACAGCUACUUACACAUUAUCGUGCUUUCUGUUUCCAGGUGUCUCGUAUAGCAGACAGCGAGGAGAGUGUGAUGCUGAUGCUCGGCCGCUGUCUGCCUCACAUAGUCCCCAAUGUCCUUCUGGCAAAAAGAGAGGUAACCCCGCUCCUGCUGCUCCUCUCGCUUAUCUCCUCCUCUUCCCUGUUCCCCAUUCAUUUGUCAUCAUCACAGGCUUCUUCUGAGUAUCCAAUAGAUACACUCACAGCAGCAGGGCAAAGCAGGGUGGAAAUUUCAAGACUUUUAUUCCCCUUAGGUUGAAAGUUCCUGUCCAAAUUGAAUCUUUUUUCAAAGAUACGGGUGCUUUUUGUGGCUUAUUUUUUUCACUUGUAUGUUUACUUAAAAAACUUUCAUGUAUAAUAUACCAAAAUAACAUUUAUUUACCAAUUUAUGAAGUCACCUUUCUGUGCCAAAGCCCCACAUUCCCCUCAAACCUCAUAAAAGAAGUUGGUGUUGCAUCUCCCGUCAGAAUUCUCCUUUGUAGCUCUUUUGAAGGGUAUAAACAAUUUUGAAAUGGAAUUUUUCUCCCGUUGAUUCAUCCAUUUCCCCAUCUGCUAUUGCAAGAAAUAUUCAACACUGUUUGCUUUGAACGACCACCAGCCUUCCCUCGGUUUGUGCCACAAAGCAUUCCUGAAAUUCAAGUACGGCGCGGUGUAGUGUUACACUCUUCAGAGAGGCUGUCAGUCUUCAUACUAUCAUUUUAAACCCUUAGGGCACUGAGCACCUUUAUCCCAAAUGAAGACCAAUUUGAUUCAGAGCUUCACUCCUGCGAUUACCCAGCUGGCUUGUGUCUAUCCAUUGAUUGGGAAUCUCACUUUCUGUUACGAUAGCUGCUGUUUUCACCAAUGUUACCAUCGAUACUCCACUGCUGUGUUUGUCUCCCACUCACAGUUUGCUGUCCGUUUUUGCCUUCACUGGUUUUUUAGUUUUUUAUUCUUCUCUUUUCGUCUCACUCAUUCUCUCACUCUCAUGCAUGCCUCUCUUCUAGAGAAUGGUUGCACAUCUUUGCCAGGUGAGUCUUUCACGCACUCAUCUGCAUGGUGUCACAUGACCUGUCAGAGGAUUAUUUUGUAAUUUAAAUAAAGCGGCUCCUGUCGGCUACAACUGCUGCCAAGUCGGCUCUGACUUGCUUGGAUUAUCUACCUUCAAAGUUUGACUUAAGCUAAUACCCAGACAUAUGCUAUCCUGCGUCAUUUUCAUAGACUGUAUAAAGAAUGGACAGAGUCUGCCUCCUCGCUGGGUGAAGCCACCGAGAGAACAGCACCCUCUGGUGAUGGGCUGCAGUAUAGGUCAUAAAUCCCGCCUCCUCCAGCAAUCCCUAUGGAGCUAUGGACAAACUUGAGAAAUUAAUUACACAGAAUAUAAAUUUUCCUCCCCUCAGGUUGUGAUGUUGACAUGUAGUUACUGUAAGACUAGUUUGUGCUCAAGUCCUCUUUUUUCUGUACAGCUCAGGAAAUUGAAAUAAAAACUAAAAUACCUAGAGCUUUCCAGCUUCAAAUCCAUAUACUGGCGGAAGGCGGAACCAAGUUGUCCAUAGUAUAUACAGUCUAUGGUCAUUUUACUAUAUAACAGAACUGAUUCAUCCAUGCAACGAUGGCCUGAUAAACGCAGUUUUAGCCUGAGGUGCGCCAUGCUGUGAAUGUCCCUCCAUCGCUCCCUGUUUGGUUUUAAUUUGCUGCAUCGUAGAGAUCUCUGGAGUGAAUUUGAAUGAUAUGAUAACAUUUUUAAGCAAGUUUAAAAAAAACGCCUAAUGCUUUGUUCUAAUGCCCUCAUGAAAACAAAAGUGUUUGUAGGUAUGAUGUUUGCAGUGAUUUCAGGUACACCAUCUUUCCUUCAAGAAACCUUUGGGAAAUAAUUUUUUGGUCUGCGGUAUCAAGACAACAAGAUUUUUUGAUAGAUUAGACAUUAACAAGCUUUUCCACCUUGCAGGCUGUAAUGCGGACACCUGCAAGGGUGCUCUGUCUACAGAUAACCGCUUGCAUGCAAUUAGUGUCUUUGUGUCUGUGUGUGUGUGUUCUUGUGUGUACAAACCCUGUGUGCAGAUAUAGUGUUUAAACACAAUAAGGCGCGAAUCGGAGUGUUUAAAGAGGUAAGUCAGGUUUGAGGAGUUCACACUAAAGCUUCUUUGCAUAUCGACACGGUUGUGUUGUUAUAAUCAACCACUGCAGUUAUGGAGAACUUUAUCUCUUUGAAGAGGUGGGGGUGGGGGGGGGGGUCCUUAUGAGUGUUGUGGACUUUGCACUGUGUCCGUUAGCUCCAACAACCAUGGCACGUACAAAUACACACACGCACACGCAGCUGCUCACACUUCCAUUUUUUUGCAACUUGAAGCUCUCCAACCCCCUCAAGCCUUGAAACACACCUUGUUGUUGUUUGAAUGUGACACCCACUUAAGAACAAGAAGUGUUUGACUUGAAACGGUGGAAUGAUGCAGAGAAACUCUGCCUGCCACCUGGCUGCACUAUCAGACGCAGUAAAUCAUUAAACAUGAUCUGUUUCUGAAAACACAAAUCGCUGUAUUUGCAGUGAAAUAUGAUGUGUAUUUGUAGAUCAGCUCUUGUUACUUUUUUAUAACUUUGUUAAAUGAAAGGCUAAAAUUGUCAUCUUCUGAGCUAGUAUUGUUGAUUAAAUUCAUCUAGCACAUUCUGAAAGGUGUGUCCAGGCUUUCCAAAAAGUGCUGUAAUUACAAAAGGAGCAAAUAUCUGCAACUUCCUUUUUUUUCUACUGGUUUGAUUAACUGUGAUCUGUAACGAACUCCUGGCGAAACAAAGAUUGUGACACUUUUUGCAGCUUUAAAAAGACAAAUCAUUUAAGGACAGCAGCAGACGCAGUGCUGGCUGUGAGGGUUUGGCAUCAGUGCAAAAGAAAGUUGGUCUAAAUAAGCGACAUCCUCUAUGAAUGUGAAUAUUCACGUUUUUUUUCCUUUCUCUGAAAGUUUGAUGACAGUUGUUCAUUUGUGUAAAUAAAAGGUCUGUAAAUCAACUUUGAUGCAGGAAUUUGCGGCGGCCCCGCUCUUUGAAGUUGAGCGUCAGACCCCCCCUGGCCUCUCGCUGCAGGCGUCACGCUGUCCAGUUUACCUGCCCACAAUGUUUAUCCAAGGCUGGUCAGAUGUUUAACCUCCUGAAGGAGUCCUCACAUCAGGAGCUCAGGAGUUCGCUCAGAAAUAAAACAGGGUCACUGUGGGUUCUGGCUUUUUAGAUGUAAGCUUUUUACAGACUUCUUUAUUUGUUUUAUCAAGCUAGGGCUGCUAAGUCUCCAAAAAAAGUCUCCAGUGUAGAUGGUAGAUGGUAUUUCUCAGAGGCCAAGGGGUGAAGAUUAUUGAAUAUGACAUUUUAAUAUGGCUGAAUCCAGAUAAUUCGCCGUUUUUUUGACGCCUGAACUGCUUUCACCCAUCUUGAACUCGCCAUGUAACCACUUGAAAUUACCCUCAGAUACUUAAAUCGCCGUAUUUUCAUUCUUUAAAAGAUAGCCAACAUGGCACUGACUUCAGAGGGUCAGGCCAGCGCUGAGCGAGUGACUCAUCACAGCCUAUCUUUACACGAGUGUCUCUGUCAGGUCUGCGUGUCCGUCCAGCAUUUGGGGUUUUGCUCGUUCUUCCAACACUUGGCAGGAAAGUAUGAUAUCUUCCUGGAAAAAAAAAAAAAAAAAGAGUUCGAAAAAAAAGACACAUAUUUUUAACUCUGUAUGCACUCUCUAAUUUGGGUGUGUGUGGCGGGAAUUUAGGGCCCGCCACAAUUUGGCCGUGGAGGCCCUGUAUCCAGGGCAGGCGAGCUCUCUCCCCUCUGGCUGGAAGGUCCUUAAACUCUGUGUGAACUCUGGCAUAAAGCUGGGUUGUAAUGUCGAAGGUAUACGUGUGUCUGUGUAUGUGCAGCUGUGUUUGGGUGUGAGCAUGCACUACGUUUUCCCAGUACUUGGCUUUAUAUGUGUUUUUAAAAACUCCAAAGUCAAAUGAAUCAAGAUAUAACACCAACCUGAUAUUAAAGGUAAGCAUGUCCUCUAAAGUGUUGACAGACUUCCAUUAGCUUAUAAGGAGUUUGUUUUUCUUUCCCUUUUCCUCUCCUCUCUUCAAAAAACACCUUCUCCUUCCUUCAUUAUUACCCUUCCUGUUCAGACUUUCAGGCCUCCUGCUUGACUCCUACCAACCACCUGCUCUGAGUGUUUAAACCUCGUCGUUUUUUUUUUUUCCAGCAAAGUAACCAAAACUGUCGCCACUUCUUUUUGUUUCUUUCUCGUCGGUUCUUCUUUAGGAGUUGAUCCCUCUCAUCUUGUGCACCGCCUGCCUUCACCCAGAGCCAAAAGAGAGAGAUCAGCUUCUUCAUAUAUUAUUCAACUUAAUCAAGAGACCAGAUGAUGAGCAAAGGUGAGGAUUACAUCAACCAGGGUUCCUAUGCAAGUAUGGAAAAGUAAAGAAGUAGUUUGAUCAAUUUCCAGGUCUUAAAAAGUAUGGUACAUGAGGAAUAAAGUAUGGAAAAAUAUCUAUGUUUCCAGACUAUUACUACAGUUCUAAAAUACUGUUUUCUAAAAAUAGAAAAGUAGGUAUUUUCAAAAAUAAUUCUAAUAAGAAGGGUAUGGACAAGUAUGGAAAUUUCAACUGUGUAGAAACCCUGAUCAACUACAGCCCAUAACCUCAUGAAAGAUUCUGACAAUCUUGAGGCAUGACUCCACAGUGGAAAUCACUGCAUUGGCUUAAAAUCACAUCACAAAACAAUAGCCUUUGAACACAAUUUUGUCCUGUAUUCACAAAUUCAGGAUAAAAUUGUGCAAAAAUGAAACCAUAUUAAAACAUGAUCCAGAAAUACUGGAAACUUUUCUGAGCCCAAGAUCACUGCAGAUGGACUGAGGUGAACUGGACUUUCGUGAAGUCCAACAAAUUGAUAUUGAAUGUUCUGUCCCCCCACUCCCACCCUGCUGCUAUUUGUUCCUGUUUACACUAUUUAUUCCAUGUUAAUAAGAUAUACAUCUUUUUAUAUACACUUUUAUUUAUUUGUUUUUAUUCCACUACCACUCUACCUCCAGAAAGUGCAAUAACACUUAUCAUGCUGCUAUGAUCCUUUGUUUUUACCCUUGAUUUUUUAUAGUUUUUAUUUUUCUUAUUCUUAAAUUAAACACCAUAGGAAUGAAUGCUGUGAUAUGGAAGCCAAUUAACGACAUUUUACUGUAGAGAGGAAUCACUGCUGUGUUUUUUUUUCUGUCCAAUGACAAGAAAGUCUUUUUGGAAAUCACAGAUGCUUCACUAUGAAGGAGAGAGACCAUCCAGUCAAAAUUAGGACGUGUUUUAUCCGGCUGCUGUGUUCUAAUGCUUUUUUGUGUGUUUGUUUUCAAAGACAAAUGAUCUUGACGGGCUGUGUUGCAUUCGCAAGACACGUGGGUCCGACACGAGUCGAAGCUGAACUACUUCCUCAGUGCUGGGAACAGGUACAGUUCUUACUCUGCCGGUGGCCUUUUGUUCUUGAGUCUACCACCACUCAUUUUCUGUUGUCAAAGAAAGUGGAAUUAGCCUCCACCUGUCCAAGAUGAAGAGUAUCUGUAUUAGGUCUGGGCGAUAUGGCCUCAAAUCAGUAUCAUUAUAUUUUGAGCAGUUCACUUCGAUAGCGAUGAAUAUACGAUAACUACUCCACAAGCUGCUCACCCCCUCCCACAUUAACUGCGUCCACUUCAGCCGCCGCUCCAACUGCUCCAACUUUUGAACCGUCCUCAUCUCCUCACCUGUCUUUCCCUCUUUGUUACGGACUGGAGGUGGAGUCACGUCUCCCACAUAGGACAGCGUCUUAAAGGGACAUGAGACCAUAGCCUACCUACCCACAUCCAAAACCAACUUUUAUUGAUUGAUUUAUUUUGACACCGAAUAUAUUGACAUGAGUAAAAUGACGUCAGUUAUUGUCCUAAAUAUUGGUAUCUGUAAAUUUUUGGUUUAUCGCCCAGCCCUACAUCAGACUCAUAUGUUACAGGAUGUGUGGCGCAAGUAAGUUAUCGUCGGCGAUCACACAGCUGAUAAGCCCCUGUUAAAAUACCGUCAAAUGGCCUUCGCCCAGCCCUAGUCUGUACAUCUCUAAUGUCUGACCUUACUUUUUUAUCUGUUUUUAGUGUCUGAUCAUUUUUGUCAAAAAAAAACCAAAUAUAACACUAACUGUGAGGGAUUUUAUUAUUUCUGUUAAAAGCUACUGUGAGGAACUUUUAGCUAAUGUGAAUUUGUAAGAAAUCAAUGCGUGUUAAGUUUGCUCUCUACCUUUAUAAGCACCUUUUUUAACAAGAGAACUCAUACUUGUCUUUUCUCUCCUGCUUUAUUUUAGAAGUCUGGCAACUCACAAUAAGUCUUUGGAGCAUAAACUCAUAAAUAAAAUAGACAAUCUCAGCAACGGGCUGUUAAUCUCCGCAUUUGAUACCUACCCCCGCAGAAAAAUCUCACAAUUCAAGAACAUAAAAAGAUUUUAUUGUCAAAAAGGAACAUUUCAACGUUACAUAACUGCAGAUUCUUGAUUCAAUUCACAAACACCUCCACGGUGUCCCUGACUUAAAUGUGUCACUUUAUGUAAUGCAUUUAUGGCAACAACAGCUGCCAGCAGUUUGGAGGCUGAGAAUCUGCCAACAGAGGCCAGUUGUGGUUUCCACAGGGUCAGCGUGUUGAUGAUACAUGAAAUGUUUCCAUUCUGUGGUGGCUGCCCUCCAGUCUCCUCCAGUCCUUUCUUCGAAUUCUGAUCUUGUAUUUGUUUCAACGCUUUUUCCCACCGAUUCGUGUUUUCUUCUCCUGCAGAUUAACCACAAAUAUCCAGAGAGAAGAUUGUUGGUGGCAGAAUCUUGUGGAGCCUUAGCACCAUACCUGCCUGUGAGAGGAUGUUGUGCACACAAUAUUAAAAUAGUUGGAAGUUACAUGAAUAGAGAUGAGUGAGAUGCAUUUUAAUAGGGUUUGUCUUUGCAGAAGGAGAUCCGGAGCUCCUUGGUGUUGUCCAUGUUGCAGCAAAUGCUUACCGAGGAUAAAGCCGACAUGGUUAGAGAGGCUGUGGUCAAGAGUUUGGGGAUUAUCAUGGGCUAUAUAGAUGACCCCGACAAAUACUCACAGGUACGUGUGCUGGAAUAACCGUCGAUAACAAAACCUGUAUCAGUUUUUCAAUCAGUUUCUGUGUCAAAUAAGACAGGGGAGUUAAUCAUCUGCUGUCUGUGUUGGUUCUGCUCCAUGUCCUCUACAGGGUUUCGAGCUGAUGCUGCUUUCACUUGGGGACCCAUCAGAGCGGGUGGUCAGUGCGGUCCACCAGGUCUUCAUUCCUGCCUUCGCUGCCUGGACUACAGAGUUAGGCACCCUGCAGAGCGCACUCAUCCCCUCCCUUUUGGCACGUAUAGAGAAACUACUUAUGGUAAGUGCAUGUCACUUUUCGCUUGUCCUGAACCUUGAUUUAGAUUGGAGAAAAUGUGUAAGCAUGUUUUUAAAAUGUCUUCAUUUUUCACUCUUUUCUCAUUCUCCCUCUUUGUAGCAAGGAGAACAUGGUCUGGAUGAACACAAGCUGCACGUGUUCCUGUCAGCCCUGCAGUCACUCAUCCCUCCUCUGUUUGCUGUAGUGCUGCAGAACGCUCCUUUCACCAGCAGAGCCAAACUCCACGGGGACAUCCCUGCAAUAGAGGGUAAAGAAGCUCUUGAAACCAAAGCUAUUUGGACAAGUCAAUUAUUAAUUCUUGAAGCAGUGCUCUUCAUGCGUUUUCCUAUUAUUGAUUCCACAGUGACCCGGUUCCCCAGGCCAGCUUCUCCCCUGCAGGACGUGGCGACCAUCAUCGGCAGCAGAGAGAUGCUGAGCGCGCUGCUGCUUCUCUACGACCACCAGCUGGAGCAUGAGGGCACCACAGGAUGGGACAGCUUGCUCUGGGUGGUCAACCAACUGUAAGAUUCGCCUUUGCACACACUUUCAAAAAGCUUGUGCGUGGUUCUCAAGAAAGCACAAAGAUUUUCUAUGUUUGUGUUCGGUCUCCAGCCUCCCUCAGCUAAUAGAGAUCGUCGGCCGGAUCAACGUAACGUCAUCGACCUGCGUACACGAGUUCUCUCGCUUCUUCUGGAGGUUCUGUCGCACAUUUGGGAAGAUAUUCACCAACACUAAGGUAAACCAUGUGACCCGUUUGAUGACGAUCCUCCACUCGGAUGUAGUGACUUUAUUUUCUGAGCGGUAGCAUCCAAGAGCAGACAAAAGGCUGUUAAACCAGCAGUGGUUCAUCGUGAGUCACAGAGCAGCGGUUGAAACCACUCUGCCUUUCUGUGACCUUUCAGCGGUUUCAUCAUAAAUCAGUUUAGACUGACUGAGCAUUUUAUUUUAAAUACUACUUUCCUGCAAAUGAUGAUUAUUUCUACAAACUAAGCGUUGUUUAUCCUGAUCAUCUUUUCAGGUUAAACCACAGUUCCAGGAGAUCCUCCGACUUUCCGAGGAGAACGUCGGUGAGUCCACAGAACACAUAUCUCCUCCAGGAUUUCUCAUAUCUUGAAGCCGGAAUGUCAGAAUGAUGGAGUUCAGACACAAACACUGUUGAUGUAAACAAGCUAUUUCGAGCCAGCGAUGGGUGUUCCCCUCUUUCCCCUUGAUCCCGGACAUGUUUCUGUAGUUAUAAGAGCUGCUGGGUCUCAGCUGGCUGCCAAGUGAUCUCGCUUUGGUAUUGUGGCCAUUUGUGAAAUAUGUUUUGUAUCAAGUCCAAGUCUGAGUUUAGGUCUUUGUGUGCAGCAUUGUGUGUGUCCUCUUUGGCAGAUUUUUGCUGAACCACAACAAUAUAAUAUAAGCUCUGAGUCUGCACACUUUUGUUAAGAACUACAUGCCUUACACAAUAAGAGACCUCAUCCCAGUUAUGUGUUGUCAAUUGCAUGUUUGUAUACUUGAAGUUUGCCUGACUAAUUAUCUCUACAAAUCAUACAAAAAUGAUAGUUAUUUCCAUCUUUAUGUAUCAGAGUGACAUUUGUUCUGUUUAGUCUAGAAAAUGUCAUCUCUCUCUGGGUUUAUUUUUGCAGACAGACACAUGAACAUCCUAGUGUUUUCAGAGAUGUUUGGAGAUAAACUUUUUAUGAGAUGUUGAACUUUCCGGCUCUUUGAUUCAGUUUUAUUCCUCUAUCAGAUGCAUCUGCAGGGAACGACAUCCUCACAAAAGCCACAGUCCCGAUCUAUGCCACUGGAGUGCUGACCUGUUAUAACCAGGUAACAAAUUCACAGACCACGACCACAUACUAGUUCGCCUAAAAACCAGAGUCUUGACCUGUGGUUUGGUCUAGGUUGUUAUUUCAUUAUAAUUAGUUUAUCUGUGUUUUUUUUAAUACUCCCCUCACCUUGUCUUGGCUUUCUUGCUUGCAUACAUGCUUGCAGUUUAGACUUCGUCUUUGCAGGAGAAGCACCAUUUUUUCCAUGUAGGUCUUAGUUCAUCAUUGUAUACUGUGUUUAAAAAGCUUCACUUCAGGCUAUAUUUGCUUAAGUCUGCCUAAACAACAUUGUCAUGAAGCAGAUUUGUAAAAAAGUAGGAGUCAGGUUCAUCUGUAAGAGGAGAAAAAUGUGAGUUUGUGGAGGUUGAUGAGUCAUUUUUAAUGAUGGACUUCAAAUGUGUUGGAAAUCUAAACACUGAUUGACUACAUCUGACAUGAGAUCAAGCAGGUUCAUCAAACAAGUUGAAAAUUGGAGCCUCCAGUGAGAUCUAAUUUCUAAUUGCACAUGUGUGCAAAUUGAUGAGUGUCAGAUUACUGCAGAGGAGAGCUGGGGUGUUGUGUAUGCAGAAAAACGUACUGUCAUGUGGAAUCUCCAAAUACCAUAUUUUUCGCACUAUAAGGCGCACUUAAAAUCCUUUUGGCUCGUCGGAGCACUGCAGCUACCGCGGCCUCGCGGAGUCACUGAAUGAGUUAAUAAAGUUUUACUUAUCUGACUGUUUUGUUUGGCUUAAUGUGCUUUAUAAUCUGGUGCCCUUUAUAAUCUGGUGCGCCUUAUGUAUGAAAAUAGACGCGAAUAGACACGUUCAUUCUUGGUGAGCCUUACAAUCAGGUGUGCCUUAUUGUGCGAAAAAUACGGUAGAGGUUAUAAUAUCCCCACAACCACGUGUUCAUUGUACCUGUACAUUGAAAAUGCUCCUCAUGAUUAAGUUCUGUCGAUUUACGGUUAAAUGAUCAUGCUCAUCAGUUUGUAUUUAAAGAAUUUGUAUCAAACAUUUGUGACAGUUUUAGACCUAAGAUGACAUCAUUUAGUUUGGAAAAACAAACGUUGUCAUUCAGAGAAGAUUAUUAAGACAUGGGCCUUGUGAGCUCCAAUGCUAAUGUGAUGCAGACCAUUUAAAAAUUGAUCCAAAUAACCAGCUGGUCGACUCAGCCUACCGAUUAAUCAGUCUGUCUCUUGCCAAGACCGUGAAAACUAUGAAAUUUGUGAAAGACAAGAGGAGGAUGCCAUCUCUUCCUCCACGUUGUAACUUAAGGAGCUCUUUAACAUUGCUGUAAUAUGAAGCCAUGGUUUCAAAACUCGCAGCUGUUCCUGUUUCUGUUAAAGAGAAGAGUUUCCAUCUUCAGCCCCUCUGCUGCUAUCAAUGGUGCUUCAUUUAGCCGUGAGUGUGACCUCAGUGAGGGUUCACACAGUGGCAGAGUGGUUCAGGGAGGGUCUAGUUGGAGAAAGGUCUGAUGUGCUCAGCGCUUGUGGCCUUUAUUCUCUCCUGGAUUAUCUACUUUGUAAAGAGUUGACCACAUUACACUUUAGGUUAUUGUUCUCUGUCACAAGGGAAAGUCCACGCUCACACUCUUCAAGCUGCUGCAUGUUUUUGUUUUUGAUUUUAGGGUCAUAAAAUGAUGCCACUCUUACGAAACAGAGAUUCAAACUUGUUGUUCUGUGUUUUACAUUUCACCACAACAACAACAACAAAGCAUGUGAACAUCUGUACAAAUUUACAAACAUAUUUAACCUCUCUGAUUUCAAUAUUAGCAUAUUUACCCCUCUGUUUCUAAAAUUGACUAAAACAUUAUGUGAUUUCUUUACAGGAGGAGGAUCGUAAGUUGUUGGUGGGUUUCUUGGAGGAUGUCAUGACAACUCUGUCAUUGUCCCAUGCACCUCUGGACAGCCUGAAGGCCUCCUUCGUAGAGCUGGGGUGAGACAUAUACAAAUAAACAUUCCAGGAGAAACAUAUUUAAUAAGACCCAUAAUUUUAUACGCUGUGCAUUAUGCUAAGUUCUAUCUACAUACUGCAUAUGACAGAGGUGGGCGGUCCUUGCUAUUUUAUUUUGAGUUGAUUUAUGACGGAUGACACAAAUUUCAGUUUAAAGCUCCUGUGUUUUUUUUUUUUUUUUGUUUUUUUUUUCACAUUUUUGGAGUGGACUCAAAUACCUAUUGAUGUUUUUUCAUGACAUCCAAAAGCAAACAUUAUCCCUAAUUUGUAUAUUGUCAUUUUUAAUGCCUUAAAGCAGUGUGUAAGGGGAGGGUAGGUGUCAGUCAAGCAGACGUCUUUUUCGUUCCACGUAAAAUUUCCACAAUAAAUGACAUUUCAGCGGGAUGAUAUCUUCAGCUCAAAAUCUCUACUCAAAAAAGAUAAAGAAAGACUGCUUUGUCCACAGGGUUCAACAACCUAAAGUUGCUCACAGGAGCUUUAAACACCUGCUGAUUUCAUAUUAACGGCUGAAAAAGCUGGAGAAUGAAUCAACUUGCAGAAAGGCAGAUGCUGGCCUACAUAUGCCUCACCUAGACGCUCCUGUUAUCAGCAGUUACUUUACUGACUUAAUGCUUAACCAGUAAUAAAUUGUUAUCUAUCACUAAACCUGCGUGUGCAGUUUGGAGAUAAUACAAAAACAAUAAGGGUUAUUGUUACGCAGUGCUGUUGUCUUAAUGUUUUGUUAUACUCUCUUCUCAGCGCUAACCCAGUGUACCACGAGCUGCUGCUGACGGUCCUGUGGUAUGGGGUGGUUCACACUUCUGCACUGGUCCGAUGUACUGCAGCACGGAUGUUUGAGGUAGCACACAUACAGACAUGAUAGUGAGAUAUAGAUCACAUAAAACCUCCUUAGAUGUGUCAAGUGUACAGAAAGAAUGACAGGUAAUAAACUAGUCAUAGAUUCAUUUGUAUUUUGAUUAUUUGUAACUAUUAUAAUACACAGACUAUUUUCAUGUGCAACUAUUUGCUGUUCAUGUGCUAGUGCUGCUUGCUGCUGCUGCUGUUGAACCUGCAUUUAAAAUUGUGGGCCAGUUCUGAAAUCGUGGCCAAUUAUGAAAUGUGUACUGUAGCUCCCCAGAGCCACGGUUUCAACUGUGUGACGGGAACCGUCGUAGGGUUAACACCAGACCUUUCAUUGUGCACCCGUCUCAGAGCCGAAUACAAAAAUAUCUGCUGCACCUCAGGAAAAGGCUGAAGUCAGCAACCUGAAAGUGUGGUGAGACGAGUUCAAGGCCUGUUUCUCCUCAGUGUCGCUGGAACGUAUAAUUUAAUCAGAAAUGUUUUCUCAUGAUCAUUUCUUUACUUCAAAAAUGUUCAAGUCAUGUGGAAAUAUAAUACCUUUAUUAUGUUUUAAAGGGAGAUGAGUUCCCUUCUCGUGCUUGCGAUUCACUGAUUAAACUCGCAGCUAGCCAAGUCUUGUCCGAAACCAAGACAAACAUCCAUGACAAAUCACAUCCUUGUGUUCCUUAAGAUCUGUGCACACUUAAAGGUCCUACGUUGGGAUUGGGUUUUAAGUCUAACAGCAGAAAUGGGUUUUAUGUCGAUCUAAACUCGGGGGAGGAGGAGUGGCAGGCUGCAUUUGUGUCCCCCUCUUGUUCUGUGGAGUACUUACCCUUACCCGACACGCCACACUGUCACCAUCCAUAGUGAUUAGCUGUCCACCAUUGUCGAAACUGUGGGUUGAAACGAGGCCCUCUACCACAGAUUCCAGAUCAGUUUAAUCAAUCGUAUCAAACAGAAACGGAUGGAAAUCAAAUCUGAUCUGGAAUCUGUGGUAAGAGCCGCCAGCUUUAGUAUCUGUGCAGUUAAGCUACGUUGGUUUUACCAUGUCUUCUGCAUACCUGCGUGUGCAUGUGAGUGUGUCUGUCUCUGUAUGUGUGAUUGUGUGUGAUUGUGUGUGUGUGAGCACGCUUGCUUGAUACAUGCAGUACCGUCCGUGCCUUGCAGCUAUGGUUUUGUCAUUGUAUAUCACUUUCUUCCUAUCUUUUUGUGUAUUUUUUUUUUCUUUUUCCCUCCCCUCUAUUUUUUUUUUCGCUUCUUUCUUUUUCCUUUUCUUUCUCUCUAUCUAUUGGCGGUGUUGCUCGGUCUUGUCCCAAUGCCCCCCCGCCCACCUAUGUGACAUCACGGCUGGCUCUUUCCAAUCCGAUCAGCUGCUGGUGAAGGGGGUGAAUGAGACGCUGGUAGCUCAGAGAGUGGUGCCGGCUCUCAUCACACUGUCCUCCGACCCUGAAAUGUAAGUGGAACAACAACAAACAACAACAAUAAUAAUAAUAAACCACGCCGCGUCUCUCUCCCCCCUUCUCUUCGCUGCCUGAGAACCAUCACGUGGAAUGAGUCUGAACCUGCCAGGAGCAAAUCCAGCACAAACACAUAUCUUCACUUAUGAUUUAAUUUGAUUUUACAUUUUUAUCACAAGAUUUUAGAUUUUUGGCGGUCUAGUUUUUUAGUGUUUGUGUGGACUUGCUCCUGCGUAGGUUCAGGUUUGACCACGUGGUGAUUCAUCAGCAUAACCAUGGUUCACACUAACACCCUGCAUGUCGCCAUCAUCAAACUGCAACACUAACCCACGCCAGCUCCUGUCAUCUCAUCCGUCUGCAAAAUUAGCCAGUCCAGAAGUGUGCGUGACCAAUCCCAGCAUGCUCAUCUGUGACCCACCCCCUCCUCCUCCUCCUCUUCCUCCCCCACCCCACUCCGUUCAAGCAGGGCCCCCUCCUCCUGACCGACCAGUUACCAGUCGGUCGUCCUCACCCCAACUUUAUAGUUUUAUCCUGUCACUCUAUCUCUCUCUCUCUCUAUUAUAUAUCAUCCCUUUCCACUUCCUGUCUCCUCUCCUCCCCUCCCCGCCUCUCCCUCUCUCUCAUCCCGCUGUGCGGUGGGUUUGCAGUUGGUUCUCCGAGGCAUGAGUGAAGCAUUAGUAGAUCGCCGGGCGGCUCCGGCCCUUAUAACUCUGUGCAGUGGGCCUGAAUUGUGAGUCAAUCAACACAAGAAAAAACAACCUCUCUGUGAACACUGUCAUUUUUUAAGGGCUGCAUCCUUACAGUGAAAAGCUAUGACAGCCUAGAAACCCAUUACUUCAGUCUGCAUGAGCUGCUGUGAGAAAACUUCUGUUCAGGAGCCAGAGAGAUUGGCUGAACUGAUGAAACCGUCUGUCCUCCAGUUUGUCUUCUCUGUUUCAUUAUUUUUAAAGACCAUUCCCUUUAGCCAACAUUCAGAUGUCCCAUAAUGAAAAUAAAUCUUUUUGGUUGUCUUAUUUUUGAGGCCAAGAUGUUAAAUUUGAUCAAAAUGGAAGAUAGAGGCCAAACUGUUGGGAUGCAGCCCCCUUCAUUUCAUUAUACUCCAUAUUCAAAUGUCAUUUUUAAGGGUCCUCGACUUGUAGCUCCCAUUUUUAAGAUUUGAAGCAUGAUAAACAAACACAAAAGUGAAACCUGAUUCUUGGUCAGAAUGAGAAAUUUGUUUUAAAUCCACAAAUUUCUAUGAUUUCUUAAAGUGUAACUCUUUGCUGCUUUUACUGACAAUGGAAUGAUUAUCUAACUCCAUCCUAACCGCAUCCCAUUGAUCCUGCUCAUCCCACUCCAUCAUAAUCAUUGAUUAUAUCAAAGACUUUUGUCUUAAUAUGUACGUAUUUUUACAGAUAUGAAAACUAAAUAAUACAAAGUCAUUGUGACCCUUUUACAUCUCUGAUAGUUAGCAUUUACCUUUCAAGUUUGUUGCUGUCCGUUAACUUUUCAUUUUACUUGCUUAGUGAAAGUCUUAGUCAAAAUGUACUUUUUGAUAACACUUUAUUUGACGCCUGUCUCUAUAACACGUUAUAAAUAUAUGAAUAAUGCCUUAUAAUCACAAUAUAGAACUGUAUAAAUAUAGUUAUAAACACUCAAAAAUGAUCAUAAUGCUUAAUAGCAAUAAUCGUAACACAUUAUAAAGGAUUUUAUCAUGACUUAUAAGGUCAGAUAUUAUAAUGUGUUAUAACUGUUAACAACAGUUGUAUUGCAUUAUCUAUGUGGGCAUUGUCAGUGAGUUGUUAACAGUUAUAACACAUUAUAAUACCUGACCUAGUAAGUCAUGAUAAAAUACUUUAUAAUGUGUUACGAUUAUUGCUAUUAAGCAUUACGAUCAUUUUUGAGUGUUUAUAACUACAUUUAUACAGUUCUAUAUUGUGAUUAUAACGCAUUAUUCAUAUAUUUAUAAUGUGCUAUAGAGAUAGGCGUCAAGUAAAGUGUUACCUACUUUUUUUAGUGUAGUGAUUAGCAUUUAGAUUUAAGAUCAGGUUUAACUUUGAUAUAACUUGGUUUAAACCUGUAGCUCCUUAUCGUAGCAUGUAAUGUUAUUAUUGUGUUAUUACUCACUUUUGGUGAAACCGAGGAUGUGCUCACUCAAGUCGUAGUCUUACAAGGUUUGUAUGAAUGCUAAUUUAGCACCAGAUGUAUGAUUAACAAAGACAGUUAAAAUGCUUUAAUUAAAUGUAAGAAUGAGUUGCUGUGUUUAAAAUAAUCUGAAAUCAGCCCCAGGAUAUGGUUUUAGUUCCUCUGAUUAAUGACAUAACCUUGGAUCACAGUUUUUGUGGUUAAACCGCGACAAGCUGAUGAUUCAAAUUGUUUCAGGAAAUCCUGUUUGAAUUUUUGUAGAUAAACUCUUGACUCAUCACCACCUUUGGUUAGAGAUACUCUCAAGAAUAAAAUGGAGAAGACCCAAAUGAGUUAUAGAGUGGCUAUGACUUGUAAAACCAUUUUCUUGCUCUCCUGCUGCGUUUAGCUCAGUAAGGAUAUCAACUAUUCCUGCCUUUGGCACCAUCAUGGAGACGGUCACUCAGAAAGAGGUAGAGAGCACAAUAUUCAAACAGUAUAUUCAGUAAUAACCAUGACAUGAGUUAUGCUAAUACUUCUUUGUGUGGUUUUUUUAAUAGUUGUUGGAGCGUGUAAAAAUGCAGCUGGCGUCUUUCCUGGAAGACCCUCAGUACCAGGAUCAGCACUCUUUGCACAUGGAGAUCAUCAGAACGUUUGGGAGGGUCGGACCCAACGCAGAACCGCGCUUCAGAGAUGAGUGUAUGCCAAGAGCUCUAUCGAUAAACAACACCCUACAUUUAAAAUCUCUUGUAUUUUUUAAUGCUGUCGACAUGUUUCAAUUGUUCUCUCCAGUUGUGCUGCCUCAUCUUCACAAGCUCGCACUAGCUAACAACAGCCAAGCAGUGGAGAGCAAGAGAAUCGACAUCGCCACUCAGCUCUUUGAGGCCUACAGCGCCCUCUCCUGCUGCUGUAUCCUUCGAGUCGUGCUUCUUAAUACUCCAUGUUCAAGCUGUGCUGUAGACUUGGCCACUUUAUGUUGAAUAAAUUUAAUAGCCAUACUUGCUACGCUUGUAAGUGAAUGAGUUAUAUAAUCCUGUAGACUUGUGCAGUCACGUUUUUCCCACUGGCCUCUCUUCAUACUUUGUCAACUACUGUGCUGUAUGUACUUCCAAAGGAUUUACUAGAAGUCUGUGUCAGGCUUGGCUAACAUUCGGGGGUAGCUGUUGAUACAGUGAGUCAGUGGGAAGACUGUUAGAAUAACCGGUUGAAUCCUAGCUGCACGGGUUAGAUGUACUCCCGUAAAACAGUAUGGGACGAAUCUGUGCCUGAGUGUGUGGUUCGGUGUGUGUGUUGGCAGAGCUCGCUUGUCAUUUGGCAGGAGGAGAAAGGGAAAAUAAGCUGCCUCCAUUUUUGGGGUAGAGGUAAUUACAGGGUUGGUUAAGCAAAGGAAAGGAUGAGAGAGGGAGAAGGAGCGUGAGAGGAGCGAACGACCCAACAUCAAAUCCAAUCCGAAGUAACAGUUCCCAGGACAGGACCCGGGUUUAUUUUACCUCUCGUCUGCCUCUGUUAUCCCUCCUCCUCUGUGAUUCUUUCACUACCUUAAACUUCUCCUUUCACACGUUGUUUUUUUCAUCACACCACUCUGUCUCCCCUCCAACAUCCCCACCCUGACAUGGUUCAGCGUACACACUCUCACACACCCAUGGAGGACAGCUGGCUUGAGGUUCAUUCCUGUGGAUCUUUGACAGGCUGUGAUUUCACAGUGCAGUGGUGUCCAGGAGGUAUAGCCCUAACCUCAGAGGCUCUACCUCCCACUGCACUUCUUUCUCUUUUAAUCAGUGUGACAAACUCUGAAAUUGUACAUUCCUGUUUCUAAAAAUACAAAUUUGGUCACUCUGAGUCCCUUAUAGCUCCACAGGCUCUGACAGGUGGCAGAACACAUGCAGUACGAGACAAACUACUGUUGGGCUGAAAAUGGUCGUUAGGAUUAGCCUUGACUGGUGUCAUAAAAUAACUUAAGCUUGUUGGACAAAUAAGAGAAAUAUAAUAUAAAACUAAUGCUUAUCGAUUCAUUUUAGAUAUAUUGAUAACCCUGAAGUAAACUUUGCUUUUUUGGCCAACAGUAUGUGGAACUUGAACUUCUCUCCAUGGAACUAAACGGCUUCUGUGACCGGGGCACAACAGGUUUUUUCAUCCGGUUUCCUCUGAUUCACCCUUACUCUUGCUAAAACAUAUUGUUUUUUGCUGAACACCUAUUUUCAGUGUGUACUUUUCAGCUAAAGUGGUCAUCUAAAGCUCUCUACGCAAGAUCCUUACAGCUGGACAGCACACAGAGAGGCUGAAAUGAACCUAAAUGUACCUAAAAGAACACAAUAGAUCUUUUAUUUUUAUUUUGUUUGAAUGUCCCAGUGUGAACCCCCAACUAACUAAUGAAUUUAAAUGUAGGGGGAAAAAAUCGUGUAUGUACAGAAGACAUUAGAUCUUCAUAUUUAGGUAAGCCAUCAAGAGGGUUGUCAAACUGGUUCUGUCUGUUAAAGGAAGUUUCUCCUGAAGAUGGGAUGGGAGUGGGUCUGAUCUUACAGGAUGAGACUCCAUCUUAUCUCAUCUUUACAUCGGGUCUUUCUUAAUAGAGUACAGUCUAGAUCUGCUUUUUAUGUCAAGUAUCUUGGGAUAACAUCUGUGGUAAAUUAGUGCCAUAGAGAUAAAGACUGAAUGAUUGAUUAAAGGAAAACAAAGUCUGUGUGCCCCCCCACUCUCUCUCCUCUUCUCAGUAGAAUUAGUGUUGUGAUAUUUUAUACAUAUCAAUGACCCGAAGGCAUUUUUAAAGUUAGAUGUUUUUUUUUUUACUACUUAAAGUGUUCUCAGUGGUCUUUAAAUUGUGAUUAUUAAGUUUUUGCCAAAAAUCGCAUUACCUGUGUCAUUUUCAAGAGCUUUUCUUCUGCAGAGCUCCAGUAGAUCAUUAGCAAUUCACCUCUGAGUCGUGGACGGUGACAGCGCUUGUUCUGCACACUCCUCCUCACAUUAGCUUGUAGCCUUACACUGUCCUUACACUAGUAGAAGUGGCAGGUAACAUAGGAGCUAUUCAGCUAUCGGACACUAAUGUCUUUAGGGACACGAUGGAGAGCUAUUAUCAUAAUUAGCUUUCUUACGAGCAUUGCAAUCCGCUAAAGCACACACUUGUUCUGCAAUCGUUCCCUGUAUUUCGGGGCAGAGCUUGGUUGGUUACAUAUGACAUCUCACUGUUUCUGAACCUGCCGUUUGGGUCUGCCAGAGAUUCACAGAGAUUUGAAUGAAGAAAUAUUUAGAAAUUUCGCAUUUAGUUUUCUCAUGAUAUGUCCUGUAGCAUCAGAAAAAUGCCAUAUGAACAUAUAAAAACUAAGAAAAACAUGAUUUUCAUCAGAGUGGAUCUUUAAAUGUAAAGAAUCAAACCCAUAAGUUAGUGAAUUACCGUGAACAUGAACUGAAACUAAAUCAGUUCGGCCCCUGCGCUGGCCCUUCUUGUUAUUUUCUUCAACAAAUCAAAACAUUUCAAACACACGCCCACAUUUGACCUUCUGAAAUCUACAUGGGAACUCAAUUAGUGAAAGGCUAGCAUUAUGAUUCCCACUGUUUGAAUAACAAUACACCCAUUCAUGGGGCUGCAGGCCAGGUGCUUUGAAUCAGCUGGCAUUUCCAACUCUUCAAGCUUUUCAUUCCAGCCCUUAACUUCCUGUGCAGUCAUCUCAGAAGAGGUGAUGGUCAACCACUUCCUGCCUGGCCUCAGGUGUCUCCGCGCCGACAUGGAGCAACUUUCCCCCGAGCACGAGGUCAGUAAAGACAUAUGUGUGCGUUCCAUAUUGUUGCUGUUUUUGCAGACAGGAGAAGGGGGCAUUUCAUUCACAAAAAACUCAGAUCCUGAUACACUCAUCAUGCUCCAUUGACGGGCCAGACUGCUUCCUUUUUUCUGUCUGUGAAAGAUGUCACAUAACGGCGACAGACGUAGACAGACAGUCGUACUCUUCACCUAUUUCUCAGAGACACUCAUACGCACACCUCUGCCAUAUCUAUUUGUGUCUUCACAUCUCACGCGAUUCAGUUCAUGUGAGCAUUCUCUCAAGCUGACUAACCAUCAGCUGACUCUUUUCCUAUCUACACAUCCACUCUGUCUGUGAAACCUGCAUACCAGAGAGGGAAGAAUUCUUUCCAAAGUGGAACACACAAAAUAGAUGCAAAAUCUGUGUUUAAUAAAGCUGUGACAGAAUAAGACCUCGCCAUCUGUUUUGUGCCACUGUUGUGUUGUGGAAGAAUGCUGUUUAUAAUCCUCGUGUAGGUGUCGCAACAUUGAUCCAUCUGUUUUUCUAAUAUUCCCUCGUAGGUGAUCCUGUGCUCCAUGAUCAAAGAGUGUGAAAUCAAGGUGGAAAACAGAGGGAUGGCAGACGCGCAAGGGUGAGGACAAAAACAGUCCCGUUCACGCAUCAGUUCUUGGAAAUGAUUCACAAAAAUGCUGAUUCGGGUUUCAUUAGACGGCAGCGAGCGAGCUACAGCCUCAAAAAUGCAGCGCAAGAGAUCUGAAAGAGAGAGAGAGAGUUCGCCCUACUGUGAGGAGAGGGGUCACUUCCCAGUUAGCAUUGGGAAGGAGCCUAUAUUGUGGGAUCCUCAGUGGGGGAGUCGAGAGCAUGUAUGAGUGUUGGAGCCACACUAAUUAUGUGGGUAUCUUCACACAGAAAGAGAAAGAGCAGAGGAGAUGUUUUGGCUUGGAUAUCAGCCCUGCUGUGGGAGUCUUUAAAAAGAUGUUUCUCCCAUCUUGUUAGCAUGUGUUCAGGCUUGAUUGAAAAGAAAAGCGUGUGAGUGUGGAUGCAGUAAGUCUAAAUGAAUUUGCUUAGUUUCAUAGGUGCUGCCCCGACAGCGAUGAGUAAAACCUCAGAGAUAAAACAACACUUUUGUUUUAGUUUCAUUUUGAACUGAUUAUGUCUUCACCUCCUUUCACCCUUUUGAUUAUUGAUAACUUGGAUCCUUAUUUUCACCAUUUGGGCUUUAAAGCGGCUUAAAAACUCAGAAAAGGUUCAUUCAGGCAAUUCUGAUCCUGUAAAAGAAAACCACAAUGAGGGGUAAGGAAACCACAGUGUUGUGUGAAACUUGAUGCCUUGAUGCACAGACAGUCAUGGACAACACAUCACUCCGUACGUUUGCAUGACACUCAAGAAAAAACCGAAUUAUUGCCUUACUCCGAUUAAGACCGGACAACUAAAGUGCAUGUAAACACCUUAGUCCGACUAUAAUCGGAGUUUGAGAACUGCAAUUAAAACACCCAGAUAAUGCGAUUGGAAUUCAAUUUCCUCUACCAUGUAACCAGCGUAGUUGGAGUAUGAUUGGCCAAAGCAUGUGCGAGUGCGCCACGCCCCAUAACGCCAGAACAAAAACACCAGAGAAGAGGAGUAGCGUGCACCUUAUCUGCAGAAAAAAUAGCGUGUACAUCAUGUACGACAAAAAUAAGGCUGUACUGAUGCUCCAUCUUCUUGCACAAAAAUGCCUCGUAGUAGUUGUGGCCACUUCUAACAUCUGGCACGGACCUGCUGUUGCUGUUGACAGUUGGAACAGCGCCGCUGAAAAGACCCAUAUCGCCCCCUAGUGUUGGGGCGAAGGGCACGUUCACGUCAAUAAUUUGAUUUUCUCAGCUGCAUGUAUACGCGGACAAGGACAAAAAAAAAGUUAUGAGCUUAGUCCGAUUAAGCUGUGCAUGUAAACACACUGAGUGUAACCAAAGACACUUAAAUUAAGAGAAACUACUUGUUUUUCAAAGAACAACUUCAAGCCUAAUGUGCCAUACUAAACAUACCAUGGGGAAUUUGAAGUUACAGGUAUCUUAUUGCGGAUACUUUUCUUGUUAAUUCAGUAAUCAAAGGGACUGUUUUUCUGAAGUAAGUGCAACACGACUCCACACAUUUCUCUGUUUAAAAUGAUGUUUGUUUUUCUGUUGAGCAAUGCAGCAGCUUGGCUGAGUUUAGUGACUGUUCAUCAGCUCCAGUCUGAAUUCAAAAGAGGAACUUUGUGGAGCCGUUAGACUGUAAAAAAUCAAAGGGGGGUCUGUGUUGGCAAACACCACUUUUGCUUCGAGGAAGUAAAGUCUGUUGUAAGCUUUUAAACAGAUUGUUAAUGAUCAUGUUGGACUUUUUUACUGCCCUCUCGUGCGUUUUUCUUUUUGUCUCUGUCUUCACUGAGAUCUAUGUCUUCUUUUCCGCCUUGUUUCCCUUCACACAGCUCCAUGUCCAUCGCCUCCAGUUUGGUGGGCGAGGACGCGAAAACCAAGUUCUUGAGUAAGAUGGGUCAGCUGACCACCUCUGGCGCCAUGCUGGCCAACGUCUUCCAGAGAAAGAAGUGAUUGCGCACUGACCAAUCGAACACUGCUAUAUACUGACGAUGCUCUGCUGCCUAUGGGAACGUUUCACAUCACUGGAAAGCAACAGGUUCAGCUAUCAGUAAAGAAAACAGAUGUAUUGUUGAUUCAACUUCAAGAGGUGGAGGUUUGUUGAGAGCGGCGAAUGUAAGUCUACAUCUGAGCGGUGACACAUGCUCUUAGGAGGUAAAAGAACAAUGUAUUUCUGGCGUGAAAGCAGAGCUAAUUGUUCCUCUCCUUCAGCCGUUAUUUAUGACGAAGGCGCUCUCAAGGACUCUCAUGAAUCUGUGUUGUUGGCGCUAUCAUUUCAGAGAGAGAGCGUGGGAGAAAAAUGAACAGUAUUGAGAUUCACCCUAACGUGGAGAAGAAGGGAUUCGAUUCCUGGACAUUUCUGGACUUCUGCAAGUAUCACAGAAUUUACCUUUAGCUUCAGUGCAGUACUUCUCCUAUCAGGAGAGCUUCACUCAUCUUUAGAAGAAAAAAAAAAAAGAAAUCUCUGAGCACCGCCUGCUGGAUUAUUUUAAGAUGUUUUAAACGCCAUUUUGGAGGGAAAUGUGCGACCGGUGCGUCAGUUCACAUCGACCGUACGAUACCGAAUGAUACCAAGAUGGCUGUGAAGAACGCCUCGUGCAGCGAACCUGUACGGCUCAGAUGUAUCGCCUACUUGAAGAUCUAAAAAAUGUCUUGCCUUUAUUUCUUCAAAGUCUGUCUUUUUCGUUUUGAUAGCUUCUAUUUUAUAACUUAUUUAUGUCUUAAUGAAGGAAAAACACCUUAUUCCGACUUCCAAAGAAAUUUGCACUUCACUUUACUGUUUUUGUUCUGUAUUAUAAGUAUGUAUAUUUGUUUUAAUUCAGAGUCUUAUAUGAAAUGAACAUUAUCACUACUGUUAUUGGAGUUAUUUUUGGUUUAUCCGUUUUUUGGCAGCGUGUAGUUGAAGAAAACACUGAUCAUAAUUACUCCCUCUCUGUUGCAUCUUGUCUUCCUGUGUUGCAGUGUCUCUGAUUAUUGUACGUUUUUUUUCUAAAGUGGGUAUUUGGUUCUAUUUUUUGUUUCUUUUUCAGUAAGCUCUGAGAAAAACAGUAAAUACCUGUAUCAUACACUGAACCCAGGAGGACGGUACUCAUUAUGUAUAUUUGAAAUUGGUGUCAUGGUGUAAUAAAAGAUGAAGAGCAGUUGUGUACUAAAAUGUGCUUCUGGAG